AUGACGAUCAGGUUCCUCGUCAAUUUUGGCCUUUUGGCCCUUCCCAUCGCCAUCACGCUGGGUGUGUUGAUCGGUCUUAACAGUUCGCGUGAGGCAUCGGGUGGACCGCCUUUGUUCAAGCCAGAUCCGAAACCGACAGCGCCAAAGAAGAAGAAUGGCAUUACGACGGAACAGCAUUGUCAAAAGUCUUAUGGUAUACAUCCUGACACCAAGGGCCAAGAAUACACACUCAAUCCUAAUCAGUGGGGUUGGAACGAAGGCGAUGACGGAGGUUUAUGUUUAUAUGUCGACAUCAACAACAAUGAAACGUACGCUACAAAGACAACCGCGCCUCGAUGGUCUGUAGUAUGGGAAUACCCUCAAGGUCCCGAAACCGCUCCUGUCCACGCCUUCCCCAACAUCAAAGUCGACGGCGACGUCUUCCCCGCCAAGCUCAACACCAUUGACAAGAUCGAGAUCGACUUUGAGUGGACAUACGCUCUCGGCAACGGUUCCGCAAAGGGUGCUACGCAAGCUACAAAGACAGAUCUCUCCGCGAUGAAGAAGAACCUGCUCAAUGCCAACGUCGCUAUGGAUAUGUUCAUGGACAGCGAUCAGAAGAAGUCGCAGGACAGUGCUGACGCCUCGCACGAAAUCAUGGUGUGGUUUGCUGCUAUCGGGUCUGCGACACAACCCAUCGGCUUCAACGUUAACGGAGCGAAUCCCCUUGCGACAAAGACUCUCCAUGGCACAGAAUUCAAACUUUACUACGGUACCAAUCAGGCCAAGCAAAAGGUUCUGACGUGGUAUGUCGACGAGCCCACCGAAAAGUUCGAUGGCGAUCUCUAUCCAUUAGUCGAAGAGAUUCUCUCCAUGGAUAACGCGAAUUAUCCCACGUCGUCCUACUACAUCGGUUACAUGUCCUGGGGAACAGAAGCAUACUCCGUCAACACGACAGUAACAUUCGACGUCCCCAGCUUGUCGAUAAACGUGGAGAAGAAGGCUUAA